AAUCUUAUAGCCACAGGAAUUCCUGGAAUUUAUCCAUUUUAACUUUCGAGAAAUAAAAAUCUGUCGUUUUAGACAGAAUCUUUUUUUUUCAAUCAAUAUUGGAAAGAAAGGAUAAAAAAUUUCCAAAGACAAUCCAUGGAAUAAUCGACAGAUGUUCUUUAUUGGGUGAUGAGUCAGAUUGUCAAAAAUUCGUGUUGUGUUGUUUUUAUCUGAGGAAAAAGGAGUUUUCCGUGCAAAAGGAUCAAUAAUUUCCUGAAACGCAUUAUUGGGACUCCGUGGGGCACUUUAGUGUGAGAAAAUGGCUUCUGUGGGGGAGUCAGAAGUCACUGUAAAAUCGAAACGACCUUCAGAUUCGGCAUUUAAGCAGCAGCGCCUUCCAGCGUGGCAGCCUGUUCUCACAGCUGGCACUGUCCUGCCCACAUUCUUCAUCAUUGGCAUUGCCUUCAUACCUGUUGGUGUGGCUCUGCUCUACUUCUCGGACAAUGUUCAGGAGCACAUUAUUGACUACACGCACUGCAAGCAGCUCGGUAGUCUCACAAGUAACAUCACAUGCGCCGAAGUUAUCAAGACAGACGGUGGGAAUUGCACGUGCGAGAUUACCUUUACCCUGCAUGAGGAUUUCCAGGGAAAGGUCUUCAUGUAUUAUGGGUUGAGUAACUUCUAUCAGAAUCAUCGACGCUAUGUGAAAUCUCGCGAUGAUGAUCAGCUUCUGGGACGUCUGUCGUCAACACCUUCAAGCGACUGCAUCCCCUUUGCCUAUGCUGAUGAAGCUAACACAAUCCCCAUUGCUCCCUGUGGGGCCAUUGCUAAUUCCCUCUUCUCUGACACGCUGACAAUUCACUCCCACACUGAUGGGGUAGUGCCACUGCUACGUACUGGGAUUGCCUGGCCAUCGGACAGGGAGAUAAAGUUCCGCAAUCCAGAGGGAGAUCUCAAGCAAGCACUGCAGGGAUUUGCAAGACCACGUGCCUGGACGCGGAAUUUGUGGGAAUUGGACCUCGAGAAUCCGGAGAAUAAUGGAUUCCAGAAUGAGGAUCUCAUCGUGUGGAUGCGUACAGCAGCCUUGCCAAGCUUCCGGAAGCUCUACAGGCGUGUCGACCACACAAAUGCCCCCUUCACGGAGGGUCUCCCCAAGGGGGAGUACACGCUGAGAGUGGACUACGCGUACUCAGUGACAGAGUUUGAGGGUUCAAAGAAGAUGAUUCUGUCGACGACAUCCGUACUGGGUGGAAAGAAUCCCUUCCUGGGUAUUGCCUACAUCGUUGUGGGUUGCAUUUGCCUUCUCCUUGGCAUUGUGCUGCUAUUUAUCCAUAUCAAAUUCUCCAAAAACACCACAGAAAUGAUAAAUGUAAAUCCUCGCACGCCCUACACAUAAAGCACACGAGCACUUAUCGCGGGGGAGUGCGAAUGAAAGUGAUAAAGAAGUUCACAAGAAAUACCUUCUCACGCGUGAACAAUGCCAAUGCAGUUCUUUUUUUUCUUAAGUAUUUUUUUUUUGUAUCGCGCUAUAUGAUGUGAGAUAAGAGUUUAAGUAGAAAAUGAAGGAAACCCAAACAUUACUUGGUGCAUUGAUUAAAUUAAUUUAAAGAAAACCUCUUUAUUACUGUGGACAUCGAAGAUGAAGAAGAUUUACCUUUUUUUCUCACUCUAAAACUUUAUUAUUGCCGCGUAGAAAUCACCUGUUUGUAUUUCUUUUUGUUAUAAAAAAAAAUGUGCGCAAAUGUAUGUAGUGUAGAUGGUAGUUUUUGAAGAAGGCAAACUAAUGUGCCGAAAAGCGAAAAACAAAGAUUAAAAAAGUGAUUGUAUGUUUAAAAACAAUUAAUAAAUAAAUAUGAAUGUUAAUUAAGAAA